UGAAAAUGUAUUCCUUAAUUCUAAUUGCAGAAAAUGAAUGCAGUUAUAGCCCUGUGUCACUUUUGUGAGAUUCAUGGACCUCGAGUCCUGUUCUGUACACAAGCUCACCACGCCUCUGAACCACAGCAUGUACUCGACGGAAAAGGAGAGGAGUACAACACUACGUUUGGACAUCACUUCCACAAACGACCGCGGUCUUCUACAAACGAGUCUCUAGGUUCGGUCAGCAGUGACCUCACAACGUGUUCCUCUGCUUCAUCUACUGAACAUUGUGAGGCAUGUAGAUCUUUCCAGCCGGGUCAGCCAGGUUUCAUCAGUAAUGACCAUGAAGCCAAGAUUAGCUACAUCAGUUCUCAGAACCCUGAACAUCCAGAGUUGUUUACCAUCAUAAGACAGGCAUGCAUUAGGAGUCUCAGCUGUGAGUACUGUCAGGGACGGGAAGGACCAAUCUUCUUUGGUGAUGAUUACUAUGGCUAUACUCUAAGCUACAUGUUCUUCAUCAAAGACACCCAAGCUAGAGGACUUCAGAGAGGCUACAGUAUCAUUGUCGUCAUGAUGGAUAAGAUUUACCUUCUGAAUUCUUGGCCGUUCCUUGUCAAGCAUAUGAAAUCACUCAUUGAUGAACUCCAGUCAAAGGCCAUCAAGGUGUAUGAGCAGGAGCAAACGCAGCGGAAUCAACGUGCUGAGCGUCUUCACAGGGAGUUCCUCUCACCUGGUGACUUCUACCGUGGAGGGGUCAACAAGCCCUUCAGAGCACUGGUAGUCCUGACGGGAGAUAUCAACCUCUUUAGGUACCUUCAUAUGAGGUUUUCCUGGAUCUUGAAGGCUGGAGGAAACAGGAUGACGGAGAAGGUCCUGGAGGGACCUCCUUUAGAGGAGGCUGUAGAUCUUGACGAUGAUGAAGUGACGGAGGAAGGAUUCAUCAAGGUAUCUACUAAGCCAGCUGUACCAUCAUCCCCUGAAGACCACACCCAACAAGACGAACACCAAUCAGAGGACGAGUUAGAGGGAGACGAUGGGCCGGUCUUUUCAUCACUACAACAUCUCAGAGCUGUUCUUGGUAGUCUCAACUUCCAUGAUGUUGCUUACAAUGUUUUAAUUGGAAAUCAACUGAUCGCCAGAGCUGAUUGCAAAAGCACUCUCAAAUCUCUCUUCAAAGUCCUCAAGGUGAUCCUUCCAGCUGGAUGUUGCCGCAUCAUCAGCCACAGUUCCUCCUAUCAGGCUUCCUACAAGUGCAAUUUCCUGGGUCUAAGCUCCGAUACUGAGCUUCCAGAACAUGUGAUCACCUCAGAGGUCUACCUCCUCUUAGAUGUGAUCAAUCCAACGAACCUGAGACAGGAUUCUAACAUAGUGGUGUCCAAGAUGGCUGGACCGUUCAAGGGAUAUGGCAUCUCUAUCACAAGCAGCUCAGUUGUACCUGAUAAAGUGCCUACGAUCUUGUCAAGAAUAGUGACGACACUGAACAACAAUGACCUUACUCCCGAGAUUGUCGUGACUGUUCUAACUACACUCAAAGAAGAAUGGAUGAAUAAAGUCAAGUUGCUUUUCAAGUUUACAAGAGCAGGGUCGCACUCGGAGGAAGAUACAGAGAAACUCCUCAAGAUUCUUCAAGCAAAGGAUGAGGAUAAACCUCUCUUAAAGUUCUGGAUCACCGGACUUAGCUCACAGUACAGGUCCCAUCUACUCACUUCAACGAUGGGAACAACAUGAGAGUGCAUACGUGGGACUGGAUUAUGCAGAUGCUUGCCUUUUAUAAUAUGUAUAUGAAAUUAAGUUGUGAUAGAUAUUGAUAUUCUGCUUAUAGCUGUUGAUACACAAGGAGAAUGUCUCUUUGCACUUCAAAAUAUAUUAUUAAAGGACAAGUCUACCCCAACAAAAAAUUGAUUUGAAUAAAAAGAGAAAAAUCCAACAA